CUCACACCAACUUAUCCGUGUUAAGUAAUGGAUCCGUCGUCUAUCGUCGUCAGCCUCGCAGGCGUCCUCGCUGUUGCCGCACAAUCAACGCGGAGUCUCACCACGCUAAUCAAAGGGAUCCGUGACGCACCAAAAGACAUCGGUGAUCUCCGAGUAGAACUCGACAGCCUCGAAACGCUCCUCCAGACAGCCCAGACGCUGGCAACCGACUACCCACUGAGGCAAGACGAUGUCGCGAUUGCUCAGACGCUGUCCCAGUGCACAACAUGGUGUCAAGAGUCCAUUCAGGAUUUACGUGUGGCCAUCACCCCGUUCGCUGAAGCAAGCAGCUCCAGGCUGGGUCCGAUGAGGAUGCUAAGCUGGAUCAUGCACAAGGAAGAGAUACGGGCCUCGAUCGCGAAGCUACGAGACCGCAAGGCAAGCUUUUGUCUCGCGGUAUCAGUGACGAAUGGCUACUUGACGGGCAAGACGCGGGACGAGGUCUGCCAGAUCAUUGCAGCAGAUCACAACAGGAUUCUGGGCAGUUUCAUUGACGUUGAAAGUGCGGAAAAGACCAGGAAACAGCUCGAAAAUGAUAUCGCGGGCAUUCCGGAUGGUUCAUGGCGGAAUAUAGGUGUGCCCGUGGACCACGGGGAGGCUCCAGAUAUCGCCACAACUCCUAACGAGCCUCCGUGCGCGAUUGAGACCAGUGAGCUUGGAAGCAAAGAAAGUCUAGCUACUGCGCAUUCUGAAACGCCCAAAACGCUCUCACAAGCUGUCUCGGCGGGUGAUAAGGCAGUCGUAACGGAGCUCCUGUCCAAAGGCGCCCGCGUAUCGGAGAGAGCAGCCGGAGGCUCAACACCCUUGCACGUCUGCGCAAAGUACGACGACCGCGAUAUUGCUGAGGUGUUGAUCGAGCAUGGUGCAGCGCUCGACCUGAAGAACGACGACCGUCUCACCCCGUUCGACGUGUGCUUGGAGGAGCAGUCAUGGGAGGUCGCCGCCCUUCUCAUCGAGAAGGGUUGCCGACUGGGUAAUUUUUCAUCAAAAAUCAUGGACGUGAUGCAUGACUCCGGGGAGGACGUCUGCAAGCUGGACCCGAUUCUUGAAGCGGUGGUGAAGAGGUUUCGUGCCACCGGUGGCGGGCCACACUUGUUGCACAUGGCGCUGGAGCGUGAAGAUUCCGGUGCGCUGGCGAAGUUCCUUCAGUUUGGCUUUGACCCCAAUAUUUCGGAGGACGGGUACACGCCUUUGCACCAGGCGGUGAUGAGAGAUCGCCUGGAUGAUGCGAAGCUGCUGAUCGAUAGGGGGGCCAACGUGGAUACGAUCCUCCCCCCUGGUGCCCGCAAACCCAGUAGGACCGAGUCUCGUCAUAAACUACUUGUGGAGAAGACCGAGGAUCGAGACUACAAUCCCCUCAAAAUGGCGGCUGACAGUCUCCCCAUGACACAACUGUUGCUGGCACACGGUGCUGAUGUCAAUGUGGUGUUCCCAGUUGCCCGCGACGCCAUCCUCAUCUGUGUCUGCGCCAUAUGGUAUCUGCCAGUCGCAUUGGAAAUAGUCAAGAAAGGCGCAGAUCCAAACUUUCAGUACUUCGGCGAUGGUUGCUCCCCCAUGUACUGGGCUGUCAUGUGUGCCAACCCGGUGUUGCUCAACGCUCUGCUUGACCACGGUGGCAAUCCUAAUUUAAAGACCUGGGACACAAAUGGCGGGAUUACCCCGCUGCAUGCUGCUGCGGAUGCCGGAAGGUAUGAGGAGGCUAAGAUACUUGUUGAAAGGGGCGCCGAUCUGAACAUUCGCGACGCUGAGGGCCUUACGGCACUGGAAAGGGCACGCAGGUCGAACAAGCUCGACAUGGUGGAGCUACUGGCGUCACAUAUUAAUAUAGACUCACCUAAGGCCACUGCCAGUAGGACUUACGCAGGGCACGGCAGAGGGAACAGGUAAUGAGUCGCAGACGCAUAAAGGCGUCGCAAACUAAUUCGCACCGGCAUGCCAAAGCAGUUUGCUGUACGCUGAGUGUCAGCGCGUGACCCAGGACCCCCCUUGUCUAAAU